UGACGUUCGCGUGGUCGUUCCUCGAUUCACGAUCGACUUCCACUCGACCACCGGAUGCGAGUAUUCGCGCCUCGAGAGGUAUCUCGACAACAGCCUUCGAUAGCUCGCGGAACAGAGUGAAAGCGAGUGCACGGUCGAGCCUCCGGGGAUCGAGGACUUCCGACGUCCAACAACCUGUAGGAUCUCGCGCCACCCGCUAAAAACGUGUUACGUCGAUUAAGUGGCUCGUAGAGUAAUUCGGUCACCGAUCGCGCGUCAUCCGGACCAGUGACACCUCGCGGACUAAGAACGCGUCAGGAGUGGGGGAGGUUGCAGCGAGUUUCGGAAUUUAAAACCCGGUCGCUGGUUGCAUCGAUGUCGACAGCAGGGGACAUGACGUUGGCGGGAAACCAGUAGAAUGAUCCACGCUCGCCAUGGAAUCGGGAGAAACAUCCGGGACGCGGUGAAUACCGAGAAUGUCGCGGAAGAUACGAUGAACGCGUCGGCGUGCAGCCGGAUCGUUUUUCGAGCCGUCGAGAAGAAGCGGAUAAUUAGCUGGUGGACCAUAAGGACCUGGUAGCGGAGGUGUUCGCGGGCUUCGGCGAGUGUGUUGGCGUCGAGGAGGCAAGUGUUAUCACGACGUUCUGCCUUGAAGGUGCGUGCUUUGGCGACGAGGGGCGGCUAUUGGCCGAUGGGAUGCAUCUACCGGUGGGUUCCGUGGGCUGCGGGGAGAAUUACGCCACCGUUGGAUCCCACGAAGGCGCCGGCCCUUGCGGCCCCUCACUGGCGCCGCUUCAGGGGGUGAGCACCAGGUACCAGCAGGCCGACGACGCCGACGCCGGGGGUGGUGGUGGCGAGAUGAGCGAGGGUGCCGCCGUCGGCGAGCUCUGGUGGACCGAGAGGCUCGUCGGCGAGGCACAAGCCGAACAUCCUGGCGAAUUGGUUCGAACAGGAUCGCCGUAUUUUCUCUGUAGCGAACUGCCGACUCACUGGCGGUCCAACAAGACGCUUCCGGUGGCGUUCAAAGUUGUCGCCCUGGGCGAGGUCGGCGAUGGGACUGUGGUGACAGUGCGAGCGGGUAACGACGAAAACUGUUGCGCCGAACUGAGGAAUUCCACUGCCUUGAUGAAGAACCAAGUCGCCAAGUUCAACGACCUCAGGUUCGUCGGAAGAAGCGGCAGGGGAAAGAGCUUCAGUAUCACCAUAACGGUGUCAACGACGCCACCCCAGGUAGCAACCUACACCAGAGCAAUCAAGGUGACGGUGGAUGGACCAAGGGAACCACGUUCCAAAACGAGACAGACACACAUCCCUGGACUGGCGCGAGUUCCUGCAUUGCCACGAGUCCCUGGUCUGGCACGAGGAACCUUCCCCGACGCACCGAGCCCGUUCACCCCCUACCUACGAGAACCGGACCCGUACAGGAGGAAUAAGCAUCACGUCGGCAACAACGUCACCGCGAAUUCGGUUAGUGGUGCCUGUAGCAACCCCAACAACACCGACCCGACCGCAUCGCCCGCUUCCAGUACACACCUCGGGGCUACCGGCGGCUCCUCGGCUCAUCAGGAUUGCUACAAGCACAGCCCUCAACACGGCGAUACGGGCGCAGGCACCACAGAAUGGGCCUAUUCGUCAGCGGCGCCAUCUUACCCAGCGCCUCCGGUGAGCAGCGGUGGUUCCUUUUCGCCGAUACCUGGCGGCGCGUUUUCCUAUCCAGGAGAAUCCCUCUCUCACCACCCGACCACGGAACCCGUGCCGUUACCCGCUGUGCUUUCGUCGGAGAACCAGCAGGACACUUACACGCCAAACUGCGUCUCCAUGUAUCCAGGCCACGGGACGUCAUCUACGUCUCUGCCUCUAGUGCCCAGCAAGUCCAGCGACCCGGACAUCUUCACGGGAGGCGGAACAGGAAGUGGCAGUCCUGGCUAUCACUAUGGUUCUUGGACACCGACACCAGCCACGCCGGUUCCGGUCGCCUCGCACAACUACAAUCCUAAUUACCAGGGCUACUACAACAACCCUAGCCAGAACUACAUCAGCCCGGCGCCUAUGGUUCUCUAUCCGCAACUCUACAGCACGGUGAACCAAAAUCAGAUCCAUCUUCACCUUCACGGCGACCUGACCGACGAACAGGUCACCAUAGCAGGUAGCAACCUCACCAUCAGCAGCAACAGACUGGAGAUCGGGGUCCUGGGCGAGGAGAGCGAACAACGGAACGACGUCUGGAGGCCCUAUUGAGGAGAUCCUGACUACGGGGAUGCUGAGUUCGUAAACGUUCGAAAUUGUACCCGGUGUUAUAAAUGUGAUAUCGACGAAAAAUUCGUCGCUCAAAGCGGCCAGGACGUUCGAAAGAACGUCUAAAUAGGAGAACUCGAGUUUUUGGGACUCUGUGGUGUUCGUGGGUUGCAGGUUGUAUGGUUUUCAUGGUCGCGGAAGGAUUCUCUGAGAGAAGCAAACGCAUCGAGAUCACAGGUGGAAUGAAAUUGUUUUUGUGGGAGAUUUGAUGUCUCAAGGUCUUUUUCGAAUGUUCGAUGCUUCGAAGCCCAGGCGCGAGUGAUCAGUGUUUUGUGGAAUAAUACUGAUGACAGUGAGGUAACUGGCGAGAGAGUCUGAGAUGUUGGAAAGGAUCUCGCUGGACUGCUUGAUCGCGAUUGAGAGGAUCGAUAGGGAUGGAGUAGCGAACGAUUCGGUGUUGUAAACCGAGCCAGCGGGUAGACAGUCCAUGUAACGUUGUAAAUACACAGAUA